AUGGAAAAUAAAAAAUCACCACAAAAUGAUAGGUCAUAUAGAGAUUCUCCUAGCAAUGGAAGACAACAUUGUGAUGGUUUAAGAUAUCCAUACCCUGAAGAUCCAACAAGAGUAUAUGUAGGUAAUUUACCAAAUAUUUCAAUAGAUCAAGUUAAACAAUUAUUUAUAAACAAAGUUGGUUUUGUUGAAGGAUUAUUCUUUGGUAGAGAAAAAGAUUAUGUUUUCUUAAAAUUUCAAAAUAUAGACUCUGCUUUAAAAGCAAUCAAAUUAAUGAAUGAUUAUAGUUUUUAUGGUUCAAAAUUAAAGGUUCAAAGAGCAUACGCUAGAAAUGGUAAAUAUCAAAAUAAUUCAAAUUAUAAUGAUUAUUUCCAAAGAAGAGGUUCAAGAGAUGAUUCCAAUUGGAACCACAAUGAAAAAGAAUCAAUGACCAAUGGCAGUGGCAUUGGUAAUGGAAAUGGUACCUCUGAGUCUUAUUUACAUCCCCACCGACAUUCAAAUAGUAGAAGUAGGAGUAGAAGUAAAAGUAGAGGUAGAAGUAGAAGUAGGGGAAGUGGUAAAAGUGAUAAAAGAAGUAGAAGAAGUAGAAGCAGAAGUAGAAGUAGAAGAAGCAGAAGUAAAUCUCCACCACCACCACCACCAAGAAGACAAAGAUCAAGAUCAAGAAGCCAAUCAUCUCCAAGAAUUUCAAACCUUUCUAAAAAAAGAAAUAGAAGUUCAACAAGAUCUAGAAGUGGAGGGUACAGAAAAAGAGAUUCCAGACUUAGCGAGCCAGUUGGAAAUUCAAAAUCAAUCAUAUCACCAACCAACCCAAGAAAAGAAUUGAGUUCAAGUCAUGAUGAUUUUACACCUCGAACACCUCCAACUCUAUCUGUUCUUGAGCGUAGUUUAUUUGAUAAUGAAUCAUACCAUAAUAAUAAUAAUAAUAAUAUUAAUAAUAAUAAUAAUAAUAUUAAUAAUAAUAUUAAUAAUAAUAAUAAUGACCAUCAUCAUAAUAAUAGCAAUAUUGGUAAUAAUGAACAAUUACAACAGAAGCUUUUAGAGCAUUUUGAUUCUCAAUUUAGUUCAUUUAAAAGUGUUGUUGAUAAAAUUUUAGAGAAUCAAUUAAAAUACCACAAUGAUUUAUUGAUACUUUUAAAAAAGAAUUCCACCACUGCUAUAAAACAAUCAACUUCUAAACAACCAACUUCAGUAGCAACUUCAACUAAAGCAUCUCCAGCCGCAACGACAAAUAAACCAACAACAGCUCCAGCAGUAACAACCGAUAAAGAAAAAGAAAAAGAAAAAGAAAAUGAAGAAAAAAAAGAAAAAGAAGUAAAAAAUGAAAUUACAACAAUUCAACCAAAAACAUAA